AUGGUAAGCAAGGACCGGAAUUGCUUUCAAAUCUUGAUCAUUGGCGGAGGUAUCGGGGGGCUGGGCGCAGCGAUCUGCCUUUCGCGGAAGGGUCAUAACGUUACGGUGCUUGAGGCCGCCAGCAAUCUCAAUGAAGUCGGAGCGGGAAUCCAAAUACCGCCAAAUAGUACUCGGAUCUUGGAUUCAUACGGAUUGACGGAAAAGUUUCUUGGGAAGGUUGUGUGGCCAAGGAACCUUUGCUUUAGAAGAUAUUGCACUGGAGAAAUUAUCGGAUCGACCCGCUUCCGCGGCGUCUUGGAGAGGAAGUAUGGGUUUCCGUACUGGUUGAUUCAUCGUGCCGAUUACCAACGGAUCUUGUUCGAAGCCGCCAAGGAGUCUGGAGCCAAAAUCAUGCUUGGCACUCCUGUAGAAUAUGUGGAUGAGCGGUGCCCUGCUGCCGUCAUGGCUGAUGGACGGAAGCUGGCGGCAGAUUUGAUAAUUGGAGCGGACGGUAUCCGCUCCAAAACCAGACGCGCAGUUAUCCCUGAGAAAGAGAUUGAAGCGAAUGACACGCCGAAUUGCGCCUUUCGAGUGACAAUUUCGGCGGAAGAGAUGCUCGCUGAUAGCGAAGUCAAGCACCUCAUGGAUGAAGAGGACGCCAACUGUUGGAUUGGCUAUCAACGCCAUAUCAUGGCAUAUCCAAUCCGUCAAGGUGCCAUGUAUAACCUAGUCCUCUCGUACCCGGGCCAGGCCGCAGCCGGGAAGUGGAACGAGCCAGGGGAUCCGGAUGAAAUGCGAAGGUACUAUGCUCACUUCGACCCUACGAUCAACAAGGUUCUCGCGAAGGUGAAGUCCUGCUUGAAGUGGAAACUGGCAGAUCUGCCUCCUUUGCCAAACUGGGUCAGUCCCAGUGGCAAAGUUGUUCUGAUUGGCGAUGCUGCUCAUGCUAUGGUGCCCUAUCUGGCACAGGGUGCUGCUACGGCUAUUGAGGAUGGCGCUGCCCUGGGUGAAUGUCUCGAUAGAGCAAAAUCGAUCCGGGAAUUUCCCAAACUCCUCCGUGCAUUUGAGACUAUCAGAAAGCCCCGCUGCGAAAGAAUCCAAGCGGCGGGGCGCGAGAAUGGUUAUAUUUGGCAUUUGCCAGACGGGCCCGAGCAAGCGGCUCGAGAUCGAGCCAUGAAGGGAGUGGCCGAAAAAGCCGAGAAGAAUGACGCCUGGAACCCCAACAGAUGGUCCGACGAGGAGUUCCAGCCCUGGAUGCUUGGCCACGACGUCUUCACUUACACAAACGACAUGCUGGAUGUCAUCUUGAAGCAGCCUCGACCCCAACUAAAAAGCGUACAGGUUUCUGGGACUAGUCGUGGUAUAAAUAGAAUGUAG